UAAUGAUAGUGAUUAUAGCUUUUUAAGUGAUCUUGAUUUUAAAGAAAGCAAAGCUGAAUCUAAAGAUAAUUGGUUAGAAUGGCUAAAUGAGGCAAUUCAGAAUGAACACAUUAAUUUUCAUGGAUAUAGUAGGUUUGAAAAUAUUCAAAAAAUUGGUGAUGGUGGUUCUGCAAAAGUUUACAAAGCAAUAUAUAACAAUAACACUACUUUUGCCUUGAAAUCCUAUAAACAUGAUAUAAUGAAAGAAGUUAUUAAUGAGUUAAAAUUAUUACGUAAAGUUGACUACCAUCGAAAUAUUAUUCAUUUUUAUGGCAAAAAGAAAUAUUUAUUGGUUCUUGAGUAUGCAGACAGUGGAACACUAAGAAGUUACUUACAUGAAAAUUUUGAGUCAAUCAGUUGGGAUCUAAAACUGAAAUUUGCAUAUGAGAUUGUGUCAGCUCAUUCAAAAAAUUUCUUGGUUCACCAAAAAACAAUAAAAUUGGCAGAUUUUGGACUUUCCCGUAAAAUACUUGAAUCUACAACCACUUCAACAUCAUCAUUAACAGGAAUGAUACCUUAUAUUGACCCACAAUGUUUCAGUAAAAAAACAUAUAAAAGAAACAAAAAAUCAGAUGUAUACAGUGUGGGUGUUUUAUUAUGGGAAUUGACCAGUAACCAAUCACCUUUUGAAGAUUAUCAAGGAUUUGCCUUGGUACUUGAGAUUUCUCAAGGAGUUCGUGAGGAACCUAUUCCUAAUACACCUGAUGAAUACAUUGAUUUAUACAAAGAAUGUUGGCAGGAUGACCCAGAAAGCAGACCUGAUAUUCAAUAUGUUGAAAAAAUGCUUAAUGGAAUGGCUUCAAGCUCAAAUAUAGUUGAUAAAGUUGAUAAAAAGGAAAAUGACAAGCAACAAAAAUAUAAAGAUAAUAAAUAUAUUAGUUCUUUUAGUCAUACCAAUACUAUUUUAACAGAACCUACCACUACUGAUUCACUGCAAGCAAAAUUUGAUGGUCUUGGAUUUUUAGAGUAG